AUGGAGAUCCAAAGCGAGCCCAGUACCCUGCCUCAGUCCGAGGAUCCCGAUGACACACCUGCAACUUCUGGCCCUCAUGAAGUCAAGGUUCAUGGCCUCACUGCCAAGUUCUUUCUCAACAAACCCAUGGAGGAAUUGAUCCCACAACGCUUUCUGGCUCAAGCUCAGGAACACUCUGUCACUCAACACAAGGCCUGGAUCUUCCGUGAUAACACCGAAGAUGGACGAGAUGUCGACUUAAAUGAGUGGUCACCAGUCGAUAUGCGCUAUCGUGGAUUGUUCAAGACACUUGCCCAGGCCCCACAAUUUAGCAAAGGACUGUGGAAAGGUGGUUGUGAGUUGUUCGACUAUGAAGUGGGCACCAAAAACCCCAGGGUACAAGCCCAUGUUAUCUAUUCGCUUCUGCAUGAGAUCGGCGAUAUGCUGGAUAUCUCACGACCAACUUGCAAGGAGGAUGUUAUCUUUUACCCAAAACCGCGUCUUGUGUCUCGCGCACUUGAAUACUGGACAGGCUAUCGAGAGAAAUACAAAGAUGGACCGCGGGCUGCAGGGUUUCUAUCACUUGAUUUUUACCCCCAGCAGGACUUUACAGUCUCCUUGUUUCCUAUUUCAACGACCACAGAAGCGGAGACUCUCAGCUCAUGCCUCCAAGAGAAAUUUAAGCUCAUUCUCGGUCAGCUUCUACUAAACCUUCGACCUCUUCGCACUCCGGGGGAUAAGCUUCCAGAUCAGGAGGCUUUCCUAGUGGGUCUACAUGGCUCAAAACUUCACGUCUUGAGAGCAUUCUUCCCAGGUCAGAAGACAUCAAGUCUUUGGUGCCAGCGCGAGCUACCAUUGCCAGAAGUCUCUCUAUCUGGCUUUACAGCCCAGGAACACACUUCCAGUCCUGCAGCUUCUUACACAGACCCGAACACUACACAGACAUAUCAUAUUGAAUACACGGAAAAUGUCCCAGAACAUGGGAGCAACACCAUAGGAACUACCAACCGUUCACGAUCUCAGAGCAACCGUUUUUAUGCAGCCGAGAACAUCGAGAGACUCCGCCAACACCUGGAAGAAGCCAAACUCAUCACCCUGGACAACGAACUCGAGGUCCGCACUUUCCGUGUCCUUGGAACCCGCGAGUAUGACCUCUGGAACCAAAAAGACUUCACAGAAGCAGUCCAGGCCCUUGCCGCAUUGGAGCUCUACCUGUUCAGCGGCGAAGCUCGUUGCGGUGGCAUACAAGAAAUCUUCGAAUGGAAUCCCUGGAAGCAGAACUCUGGCCAUAGUCGAAAGAAUCUUCCUGUCGAAAGUGAUGCAGAGCGAACUGCCCGGCUGGUGACCGAAUUACAGUUUGAGCAGCAGAUGUUUGCUGAGCAAGAGGCAGACCUCCGGCUCGAGGAGAUUAUUCGCACCGCAGAUGCCCGGGAGGCCUCUCGGCGAAGGGAAUAUUUGAGGAGCUCUGGGAGAGAUCGCGUUAACAGGCUGAGCGAGUCGGAUGCAAAUAGGGAGUCCUGGGAGUGGAACUGGUCUGAUCAUCAGAGGGUGAAUGCUAGUAAGACGAAGGAGGACGCCAAUGCAAAUGACAUGACGAGUUGA